GCAUGACUCUUGGGGUGGUGCAUCUUGAUAUCAUCCACUUCCCUUUCUCCCCCAUUCAAUUCUCCUUAUUAAGCCUCUCUUCAAUUCCUUCUUCCUCUUUCACUUCAUCACAUUCUCCAACCCCUAUCCCUCUCUCUAGGGUUUCUGUUCAUCGAUUCUUGGGAGGAAUUGAAUCACGGCCUUUCCAUUUCGCAUUCAUCAACAGAUGCAUAUGGUUGCGAUCGGGUUUUAUUUUUUCUGUGAUGAUGAUUCGUUUGAAUCUCUGUGAUUGAUUUAUGGUAAAGAAUCCAUCUUUUUUUCUGUUUUUUUUGGUUUGAUUUGAGUAGUGGACGGUGAAGCUGAGUGUUUCCGGCGAGAAAUCAUGACGUCUACUGUUCCGGCCAAGUCUCAGCCGCUUCACAACUUCGCCUUGCCGCACUUGAAGUGGAAGAAGAACCACCAUUCCAAUAAUCACCACCGCGGCCGCUCCGCCAAGCACUUGGAAUCGGCGGCUUCUCCGUCCCGGGUCGCUUCCCCUCUGCGGCAGUCUCAGUCGCCACUCAUACACCGAGUCCGGUCUCCGGAUUUUGAAUCCGUGACGCCGAUGCUGGUCCGCCGCCAGUCUCCGAUGCGGGAGCGAGAUCGCCAGUCACAGAUGCGCGAUUCUGCUAGUGAAUCGAGUAAGAGGAGUUUCGCUGCGGAGAUGGAUGGGACUGGCCAGAAAGAUGGCAGAUCGAAAUUAGUUCUGAAGCUCCCUCUGAAAAACAGGGGCGAUGAGACUCAGGAGGAGCCAAAGAGCGAAGAGGUUCCAGAAGAGGGGAAAUCCGGCGCAGAUGCAGAUCAGGAAGCAUCCGAAGAGCCAGUCCAAAAGAUUUGGAACCUGAGGCCGAGGAAGCCGAUACACAAGUCACUGAAUUUGAACGGCGUCCAGUUCAAAGCAGGGGGGCCGUCGGCCACCAUAGAGGACACGACUCAGUCGCCUCACCGGACUCCAAUCAGACCGGAUGCCGAUGUUCACUGCGCAGAGAAGAAGGAGAAGAGGCGGAGGUUUUCCAUUGCACUCACAAAGGAAGAGAUUGCAGAAGAUAUUUUUUCCCUGACUGGAUUAAAGCCCGCAAGGAGGCCGAAGAAGAGAGCCAAAUGUGUUCAGAAACAACUUGAUACUCUUUUUCCUGGUUUAUGGUUGGCUUCAAUCACUCCUGAUUCAUAUAAAGUCUCUGAAAACAAUCCAAAGGGUUAGUAGAGGGCAUUGUUCAGCAGAGGUAUUGUUCAAAGGGUCUUUGGGAUUUAGAAGACCUGACAAAUUUUGGGGAUCUCAUAUGCUGGUUUAAUCAACUGUUACAUUAAGAUUGUUGGGGGUGUUGUUGCAAAUCUCUUUAGACAGAUGGUACCAGUUUUGCAACUAUGGGAAUCUUGAAUCACUGCUUGUUUGAUGACCACAUUGUGGGAUAUGAGGACACUUGCUUGGAUUUGAUGUCUAUGGAGGGGUUAUGUUAUGCUAGGCUUUGAUCAUGGGAGUGAUGUUAGAAAAAUGGAUGGAGGAAGAAGCAAGACUUGGGAGUUGAGACCAAACGUCUUUAAUGCCACCUUAUUUGAAUUGUUGUUUGUCCUAAAUGUGCAUUGUGACUGGACUGGAUCAAU